AUGCUGCCAUCGGAUAGAAACCUAAGUGUGGCCACGUUCAUCCUCUUGGGUUUCUCAGAUGUUCCAGAACUGCAAGUACCACUCUUCUUGAUUUUUCUGGCCAUCUACAGCGUGACUGUGGUAGGAAAUAUCGGGAUGAUUGUGAUCAUCAAAGUUAACCCCAAACUGCACACCCCCAUGUAUUUUUUCCUCAGCCACCUCUCAUUUGUGGAUUUAUGCUACUCCUCCAUCAUUGCACCCAAGACGCUGGUGAACCUAGUGUUAAAAGACAGAACCAUUUCAUUUUUAGGAUGUGUAGUACAGUUCUUUUUCUUUUGCACGUUCGUGGUUACAGAAUCCUUUUUACUAGCAGCGAUGGCCUAUGACCGCUUUGUGGCCAUCUGCAGCCCCCUCCUCUACACAGUCGCCAUGUCACAGAAGCUCUGUGCCAUGCUGGUGGUGGGGUCGUAUUCAUGGGGGGUGGCCUGUUCUUUGCUACUAACAUGCUCCGCCUUGCAAUUAUCUUUUCAUGGCUUCAACAUCAUCAAUCACUUCUUCUGUGAGUUCUCCUCACUGCUUUCCCUCUCUAGCUCUGACACUCACAUCAACCACUUGCUGCUCUUUAUUUUUGCCACUUUCAAUGAAGUCAGCACACUCCUCAUCAUUCUCUUGUCGUACCUGUUCAUCCUGGUUACCAUCCUCAAGAUGCGUUCAGCCAGUGGGCGGCGCAAGGCUUUCUCCACCUGCGCCUCCCACCUGACGGCCAUCAGCAUCUUCCACGGCACCAUCCUGUUCCUCUACUGUGUGCCCAGCUCCAAGAACUCCAGGCACACGGUCAAAGUGGCCUCCGUGUUUUACACAGUGGUGAUCCCCAUGCUGAAUCCCCUGAUCUACUGUCUGAGAAAUAAGGAUGUAAAGAAUACAGUCCGAAAAAUAAUGGACACUAAAGUAUUUUCUAAUUGA